AUGGCUGAGAACAGUGAACUUGGAGAUAUACCCCCGACUUUCAAAAUCGACCUUUCUCUCCCGCCAUCACAAAGAUAUAAGGCAUUGGCCUCCUUGUACCGCUUCAAGCUGAAGUCACUUGUCGACAUCUUUAACGAGCUGCUGACUGGUCUUUUUGGCACAGGGUCCAUAAAAUGGGUUCACCGCGUCGCCCCAGUCUUGUUGAAACGCCUGUAUACUGACGAGGAAACGGAGGAGAUCAAAGGAAUAAGCGAGGCCACAGGCAUAGGUCUAUACAUCCUUGUAUCUCUCAACGUCUUUCUCGACCUACUUAUGGGAUGCACUAGCGGGGCAGCCUUGACAAAACACCAGCAAGAUCUAGAUGCGAAAAUGCUACACUUCCGUACCCUCGAUUGGGAUAUGGACGAACUCCGCCAACUGAUCGUGAAACUUGAAUACAUUCGCAGCUCCGAAAGUGACACUGCUCUUGCCACGAGUGUAACAUAUGUGGGCUUCGUUGGGGUCCUCACUGGAGUGAGAAAGGGAUUAAGCAUCUCCUUGAAUUUCCGCCCCUGUCACGAUACAAGCAGUAUUUUGGCAAACUAUCGGUUCUAUGGAAGUCAUUUACUCGUCCUGCUUGGUAUGAGGCGAUCGAUAUCGUCUUUACUCAGGAAAUAUCUCUUGUCGCCAAAUCUAGAGCCUACCCAACGUCAGUCAUGGCUUGAUCGAAUACUGAGGCGGAAGCCUGCUCCAAGGCAAAAUCAGACUCCCCUGGAUCUAAUAACAGCAUCUCUACCACAAAUACCCACAACAGCAGCAUAUUUGGUUAUGUGUGACGGGAAAUCAGCUGUGGUGUUUGAAAAGGAUCAUCGAAGAGCAACUAUCCAACGAUCGUCGUCAUUUAUCGUUGUCACCAACAGUGAUUCUGUGGACGACUCUCCCAUUUUUCAGGAAGAUACCCCGCGCCGCGAUGAAAACUGCACUGGGGCAGCGAUCAACUCCACUGAGCCUGUAGGCAUGGAUGAUGUGGUUUUCCUUAGCAGCGAACGAAGGUGCUAUAUGCAGAAUGCGUGGGAGGAAAAGGUCCAGGCUGCUAAGAGGGUAUCUAAGACCGAGGACUCAGGAAACGAAGCAACUAUCGGCUCAUCGUCAACAUGCCGAGACUCAGUCACACCUAGAACGGAUGCAGGGCAGCGAACCUGCUCAUCAAAGUCUACCAAGGAGUGCUCUGUUGGCGUUUUGUCUGACUCGAGUCUUGAGCAUCAAGUUACCGCGACACCAUCUGAAGUUUCUAAAUGGAUAACAGAAUACCCCGUCACCAACGAGAUGACUCACUUUUCAGCUAUUAUGGAUCCUACUUUGGGUACAGUGGCCUGGGUCAAGAGAUAUCUCGAUCCGCCACCUAGCAAUGAUAAUGAUAAUACAGGUUGA